GAGGUGGUUGUAAUCGAAAAAGAGGACGAAGUCGGGGGAUUGGCUCGUUCCGUUACCGAUCGUCGAGGUUUCACUUGGGACCUUGGAGUGCAUGUUACUGGUAAUUUUUCUAUGCAAUCGUAUGUAGAGACGGUUCUACGAAAACGUUUCUCCAAGUACCAAAAGUUCACGAAUGUAAUCAAUCGAGCAGUGAGUCAGUGGAAUAAUGUGCCGAGAUGUGUCAAGGCUUACAUGAGACACAUCGUCGAAGAUGAUGAUAACGUUGAAGUCAAUUACGUUCCUUAUCCAGUACAAGACUCUAUACCAUACUUUCCUGAAGAGAUUAAGCUACAAUGCCUUGAGGAAAUCUCGUCCGCUUCAACGGCUAAGGAGCCAGCGAAGAACUUCGACGAAUUCACUCUGCACACAUUCGGGCCAACGCUUCAAGAGAUAUUCAUUAGGCCAUAUAAUGAGAAGGUAGAUUAUUUGAUUGUAUUAAAUGAACAUGAUCUCAAAAGGCGAUGCCGUCUCACUAGGGAGGAACUGGAUGCUGAGGAGGACGUUAAGACCAAGUCUAUGUUUAGGUAUCCCAGCAAUCUUCGUGGAAUUGGCGAACUGUGGAGGACAAUAGCUUCUGAGUUGCCAGAGACUUGGUUUCGACUAGGCGACCCAGUCGUGCGAAUAGAUCCAGGAAGAAGGGAGGUCAGCAAAUUUGGCAUUAAGGAAAUCUUCUCGAAACUAAAAACUCCUCGUCUUACAUAUUAG